AGCACUGCACAGCUUUUUGCGUAUUUGUUGCGUUCUCGUCGUGUGAAAUUUUUGUGUGAAGAAAAAAUAAUCCAAACCAUAAAGUUAAAAAUUUUUGAAAUCCUAGCCUCCCCGCAAAAAAUCAAAUAAAUUAUUCGCUUGUAUUUUAACGCUUCUAGUAGCAGCGCCAGCGUAAAACGUGUCUCCCCACCCACCGCCGCGUUUGUUUAUUUCGAUAUUUGGAAAGGAAAAAUUUUGUAGUAAAUAAAGUCAAACAACAGCCAAUUGUUGUUGUAACCAUAGCUAGGCUACACGAAAGUGUUAUUGGAAAAAAAUUAAAGCGUAUCGCUCCAACAACGCGCCAGCUGGUGUUGCACGAAAUUUUCGCUGAAAGUCUUUCGCUGCUCCACAAAGUGAAUUAGUCGUUGUCUUCGCUAGUCGAUCGCCGCUCGAAGCGUUCAAAGUAAAUAAAAACGAAAUUUUCGUGGCGCCGUGUGUCGGAAGCGCUGAAUAAAUAUACAAAUAAAUGUAUAUGUAAAUAAAUGUGUAAAACAAACAGAAAUUGAAGUUGCGAAUUUCGCGCGCGCGUUUUACAUUUUCCAACAACGUCAUUUCCACUGGAAUUGUGCAAAAGUUGAAUUUUUAAAAGCAGAUAAAAAACAAAAUUUUUCAAAAAAAAAAAAUCGCCCGAAGUCGUUAUCUGCUUGCCAAGUUAAAUGCGAAAAAAGUGUUCUAACAUUUAGUGCUGUGCAAAUAUUAAUUAGCAACAACAACAAAGCAAACGUUUUAUAUUGCGCUCUCCCAGCAACAAAUGAGUUACACUAAAAACCGGCUAAGCUAAAAUUGUAUUGCGACGAUAUUUACUAUAUAACGCAGUGCUAAAUAAAUACAAUAAUAAACAUAAAAAUCUCGAAAACAAGGUUUUUAUUGCAUAAUAUUAACUAGUUUUCAACCAACAACACAAGCAACAGUGGCAAAUGAAAGUAAAAGUGCAAAGCAAAACAAUUCAGAGAACAACUUGUGCAACAAAAGUAUAGAAAUAUACAUACAUACCCACAUACAUACAUAAAUAAAUAUGUAUAUUUGUGUACAAUAAAUUAUUUACACAGCCAAUCAGUGCUAGCAAAUCGGCAGCAACAAAAAGUGUGUGAAAUAAAAGAGAAAAGUAAACAAAAUAAUAACGGUAAUAAGAGGCAGGAAAGUUCAUAUUAUUACUACUACCAGGCGGCAAGUGAGUAAAUAUAAAGCAAACGACUGCGUAGUGCGAUUUUUUGUUGUUAUUGCUGUGCAUUACAACGCGCUGAACAAGCAAGAAAAGUGAACAAGUUCGUCACCGCGAUAAAAUAAAAUACAACAACAAUAAAAUAUUACAGAAAUUAAAAUAAGAACCGCAACAAUACUAAAAAAGCAGCAACAAAAAUACCACAACAACAACAAAGCAUCAUCUACAGAUUUCGCCUUGUGCAUAUGACGAGCUCUUUUUCUCGUGCAACAAGCUGCAAAAGUAUUUUUUCACCAAGUCCAACAAGCAGCCCCAACAGCCCCAGCAACAAUACAACAGCUGCAAAUAACUGAGAAAAUAUUUUUGCAUCUCAUUUUCUAUGAAAUUAAGAUAUUGUAAAAACAGCGUGUGUAUGCUCAAAAUUGCUUUAUAUCACUCACAAACAUUUGCAUAUUAAAUAUUAGCUAAAGAAAAAACUUAACUCGAAAGCUAAACAAAUAAACACAAAGACCACUCAUAAAAACCAAAACCAAUCUUAAAAGUGCUAACUACUGCUCUAUAAGUAUACCCGCAAAAAAGACUCCCUCUCCAAGCUAUCCGCAAAAUUAUCUACAAUAUCUACAUAUUUUCACUAAGUUAGUGUCCGCAAAAAUAUUUUGAAACUUGUGAAAGCUUGUAAAUUUGGCGUAAAAGCUCUCCGAUUAAAAGCUUUCAGUGAAAACAGUGAAAAGGUAAUAAACGGAGGAAUAGUGCGCAGCUGCAACGUGGCUUAAAAACAAAGCUUGAAAGAAGGCCCGUAAUUUUGAGCUUUGAAACCAAUUUGUUAACCGCUUCCCCUCUUACCCAGGCUUUUACCCAUACAUUUAUAUACAAAACGCUAAUAUAUUUAUAUAGCAAGAAAGCAAAUUAAAGUGAAAAAGUGAAUUUAUUUUUAAUACCAAAGCUUCUGCUCUUACCAAACGUGUGCAAAUUUUUAAAUUGGUUUCGAUAAUUUAUUGUUGUGCUGCAGUAAAUAGACUUAAAUAAAAUAGUUGCAAAACUUAAACGAGUACCACUCUUGCGAUACUGUUUUACGUGGCUUACGCUUCUGGCAGCGAGCUUUCAGAAAAGCUCCAAAAGAUUGCUGGAAUAAACUAUCCGAAAACACUGAAACCAACAAAAAAUUUUGAAUUUCUAGUCAACGACUAAACCGCGUUGCCAUAACGACGAACCGCGAUUUGGACAAACGUGCGCUGAUAAGUUCCAACAUUCAGUUAACCACGCCGUAAACGUCAAACAUAUUUCGCAUAAUUCGUAAAACUCAAAUUUACAAUUUAUUAAAACCGGAAUAUUUCAAAAAAGCUCAUAUAACUGACAAGAGACCGGUAAAAGUAUUUUCUUGUUAAAUUUCACAAACAAAAAAAUUAAGAAAGAAAUCCACAACGAAGUCAGCAAGGGAACAACAAAAUCGGUUGCAGAUUUGCGAAAGCUCCCGUGUAAAAGCGUCAAAAGCACAACAGUGCCCCAAGGAAAGCUACAAAGUAUUCGCAUUGAUAACAGCUCAUAAAGAGGAGAAUUUGUUUUGAAAUAAUAAUAAAAAAAAGUCUCGAAGACUACUACGCAUAAAUCUCAAAAGCUCCUUGUACAACUACCAAGUGCAGGCACAUGUGAAGCGUGCAAGCGGCAGUAAAACAAAAAAGUUAGAAAAAAUCACAAGCUCUCCUACCCGUGUGUGAACCCGUAAGCAAACAACUGUGAAAAUUGAUAAAAACCAAUUAAUUUUACCAAUAAACCCCAAAUUCAAGUAACCUUUUGUGAACACUCUCAUAACAACAAGAACUAUAAUAAGAAAAUGGCAGCUGUCGUCCAUGUGAAUAGCCUGUUGAAUGGCAAAGAUUCACGCUGGCUCCAAUUGGAGGUGUGCCGUGAAUUUCAGAGGAAUAAAUGCUCCCGCCAAGACACCGAAUGCAAAUUCGCUCAUCCGCCCGCCAAUGUCGAGGUACAGAAUGGAAAGGUGACCGCUUGCUAUGACAGCAUUAAGGGUCGCUGUAAUCGUGAUAAACCGCCGUGCAAAUAUUUUCAUCCACCACAGCAUUUGAAGGAUCAAUUAUUGAUAAAUGGACGAAACCAUCUUGCCUUGAAGAAUGCACUGAUGCAACAGAUGGGUAUGGCAACUGGACAGCAAGUCAUACCGGGACAAGUGCCAGCCGUGCCUCUUGUUUAUUCACAGGCCACAAAUCCCUACUUAACCGGCAUACCGGCCAAUCCGUACCCUAGUCCAUACUAUGCGCCUGGAACUUUAGUGCCUGCAUUACUCGGACCAGAUCACACACAGUUGGGUCAAGUGGUGCCACAAACGGUACAAGUGGCACAGCAGAAAAUCCCACGAUCCGAUCGAUUAGAGGUUUGCCGUGAAUACUUGCGCGGCGCCUGCAAGCGCGCCGAGUCGGAGUGUCGCUUUGCGCAUCCGCAGGAUAGCGUCGCCAGGCACGAUGACGGUUCGAUAACGGUGUGCAUGGAUGCCGUGAAGGGCCGUUGCACGCGCGAUCCGUGCCGCUACUUUCAUCCCCCCUUGCACCUGCAGGCACAAUUAAAAGCGGCGCAAACGCGCGCCACUGCUGUCGCUACUGCGCACCAUCAUUCGACCACCAACAUGCCGUCGUCAGCUGCCGUCGUCGCUGCCGCAGCCGCUGCUGCCCAACAGCAGGCCGCCCAAGCUCAGGUCCAGGCUCAAGGCACAACGCAGACGAAUGCCGCCAAUGCUGCUGCCGUCGCCGCUGCCGCUGCACUAGCUAUGGGUGCCGCAGGCGGUGGUGUGGGAGCGAGCGCUGGCGCUCAUCAUGCACAGCAUCAUCAUCAUCAUCAACUGGAAGUGGGCAAAAAACGUGCCGCCGCGGACAAUGACAUGCUACAACUGAUGGAUGUUAAAACGGCUUUCUCCGGAAUGGUACCGUUCAAGCGUCCCGCUGCCGAGAAAUCCGGUAUUCCAGUGUAUCAACCCGGCGCGACCACCUACCAGCAACUCAUGCAACUGCAACAGCCGUUCGUACCAGUGUCAUGUGAGUACCAAUCUCAAAAUGGUGGGACGCCAUUGAGCGCCACUACCACUACCUCUACUUUGAGUACUUCUACUACUACUACUACUACCAAUAUGAAUCCAUAUAAUGCUACUACUGCAACAGCAGCAGCACAAGCAACCGCCGCCACAGCAGCCGCAACAACAACAACAGCGGCGGCUACAAUUGGUGCCGCCACAUUUUUAGGUGCUAGUAUCACAACACAACAACAACAACAACAGAUUGAACAGCAUCACCACCAACAACAACAGCUACACAAUCAGCAAAUGCAACAACAGUUGCAUCUGUUACCGCCACCACCACCAACCACAACCACACYACCAACAACAACAACUGUCACUUCCAAUUAUCAUUUACACCAACAUUAUAGUAACAAUAGCACCCUGUAUAAAAUUAAUAAUAACAACAAUAUCAAUAAAAACAAAGACAAUAGCAACAACAUUAGCGCUCUAACAACCCCACCCAAAUCCAAUUCCCCCUCCGCUAGCAUACAUUCGACCCCAAACACAGAUUCAUUGCAAAUAACAACACCAACAUCAUCACCAUCCGAAACAACAACAACAACGGCAGAUGUUAAUAGUUUGUAUGAGUCAAGUAGUAGUAGCACACACACACAGGCUAGUAACGGUAAUCACAACGGCGAUCAAGACGGCAAUGAGGUGUCGUCAAUGCUCCCGCCAACAUCAUUGUCGUCGCCAGGCGGCGCAACAACAAUUUCGUCAGCGUAUGUGCCAUACAACAAUGGCGAUAGUAAUUUGGCUAGUAGCAACAACAACAAUAAUAAUAAUAAUAAUGUAUUAUAUGUGAAUAAUAAUAUUUUGAGUAACGGUAGUAAUAAGUUAGCUCCCACAACAACACCAACAACAACAACUAGUGCGGCAGCAGAAGCAGCAGGUGAAGAUUAUGAUGACGCUGCUGAUGGCAACGAUGCUGUCGCGCCAGCAGCUGUUACAUCAGCAACAACUUCAGUAAGUAGCAAUUCGCUCUUCGCUGCCUCUGCUGGCGCACACACUUACGACACCACAACAACAACAGCAAAAUCAUCGGCACUAACAGCACACACAGCCAAUGCUAGCGCUAGUAGAAACGAUAAAGACGCUAGUGAAGAUAGCAAUAACAACAACAGCAACAAACCCUACUUUAGCAACAGCAAGUACAGCUACAACGCUUCGGCUAACCCUUACAGCGUCGCCAAUUCACCUGUCAAAUAUGCCACACAUAAGACAUCAAGCGCCGCCGCCAAUGAGGCAGCUCACUCCGCGUAUGCCGCCUACGCCUACCAAGCACAGGCAGCCCAAGCCGCACACUCUCAUGCGUCCGCGAUCGCCUCAUCCACUUAUCCGUCCACCAGUUUGUCCAACGGCGCACACAGUGACACACAGUCAUACAGCGUCUACAACGGGCUUAAUGGACAUGCCACCUCAGUCGCCGGCAUAUUGCCGACUCCCCAUUCAGCUGCCGCAACGGCGGUUUCCGCUGCCUCUGCAGUUGCCUACCAGCAGGCACAUCAACAGCAGCAGCAACAACAGCAGCAAAUGUUGCGUCUCUAUAAUCAAUACGCUGGCGUACCCACCAGCGCUACCACGUCUUACGCCAAUUUGCUGGCUGCUUCGCAUGCCGGUUAUGCCACACCCACAACCACUAUGGCUCACAUGUCGGCGGCAGCAGGCAUGACUGUGCCUUCGUACGCCGCUGCCUACGGUAUUCCCGCUUCGUCGGCAGCUGGCGCAGCCACUCUGACGCCCACAUAUGCCUACAGCGCUUAUGGCAGUGCCACACCCACCGGCUAUUAUGCCGAUGCCAGCGCUCUAGCCAAAGAGGCCGCCCAAAAGUACCAUGCCAACGCUAUAAAAAUGGCUGCCGCGGUCAAUGCUAAUCAACUGAGCGGCAAACCGCUUACUGCAGUUGCCGCUGGUGGUAUGGCCGGCUUACAGUUAGGUAAGGCUUACAUGACCGCCAUGCCUGGUAGCGCUAAUGCCAUAGUUGCCCAACAGCAGCAACUCUCGCUCUUACAGGCACACCACAUCGCACAAGCGCAGCACGCCGCCGCUGCAGCAGCCGCUACUCGUUCAGCGCUAGCGGCGAGCUCACUGUCCAGCUCGGGCAUGUCAACGCCCGUCGGUACGCCGGUGCAUACGCCCACUCCUGGCGUGGCCGCGAGCGGUCUGCUAACGCGGCCCUCUUCUGCUGCUGGCAAUUAUAUCAGCGCAGCUACAUCUCAUACCGCGCUGCGUCCGCAAGCAGUGCAGCUGACUGCCGCACCUUCCGCCAGCAAUUCGCCGUACGCGGCCGCAGCCGCAGCGGCUGCCAUGCAACAACAGGGCUUCUUCUACCCAGCUGGCAUGAUGGCUGCACCCGCGACACCGGCUUAUCCGUAUGCAGCGAUCGGUGGCAUACCGACUGCUAUGCCAACGGCAGCUGGUAUGCCAACCGCGCUCUCUGGCAUAACCACCGCACCGGCAAGUGCGGCGGGCAGUGCCAUGGUGCUUAAUCCAUACAAGAAAAUGAAGACCUCGUAAGCAGUUAGUUUUUUGGAGGCGUUUAACCAUACACGCGCACAAAAUCCCUUAGACUUACAAUACCAAACGGAUAUGACAAACUAAUUUGUUAGCUAAGUCUAGCAUGCAAGGGCAAGGCGCUGCGUUUCAUCCUUUUUACUUAAACAUGAGAGUUUAUUCAAAGCUUUUAUGGCGGCGCUUUACCAAUGCAUUUGUACUUAAAAAGCUACUUAAGCAUACUUUGCAAAUACGAAACAAAAGUAUCACAAGUAUGUACAUUAUCAUUUGGACUUACAAACAGACAAUUUUAAUAUAAUCGUGCCUACUUUUUGGGUAUAACCUAAAGCGAAAGCUGUCAUAAGCAUUAAAAAGCUUAAAUACAUGUUAGAAAUAGAGUUAUAAGACAAAUAAAUAAAAUGCAUCACUACGAAGUAAACGAAAACUUUAAAAACGCCCAUAAAUCCCUUACAUCAAUAUUAAGCUCCACAUUGAGCUUUCACGCAUACAUUGGAGUUUGCAUAUAAACUUAAAAUUAACUACUGAAAAACAGUAGCAUUUUACUUUAAUGACUUACUUAUUAGGCGGCACUCAAAUUUUACAUAUUUGUUUUGUAUACAGCAGCUCGCUGUAGAAUUAUUUAACAAAAAGCUUUAAGUUGCCAUACAACAUGAGAUUUACCAUGUUUAUGAAUUAAGCAUUAAUCCUGCUUUAAGCAACAAGGUUAAUACAAGUAGCUGUUAUCAGUUGAGCAGAACUUAAAGCGUAAUUUGUCAAAGCUCACGAGCUUUUAAUUCAGCAAGUUAUGCUUAACUGUAAAAUCCCAGCCUAAUUCAUGCCAUUAUAACUAAUUAUAUUCUUGUAGACAUUAAUUUUCGGUUUUCCGUUUAAUACUUUAAGAAUAUUUUAUUAAAGCGGAGUGUGAGCUUUUCAAAAAAUUAAUUUUCUUCCAAUAUUUUCGUUAAAAAAUUAAGAACAACGAAACAAAAACUAUUAGGAUAAAAUUAAUGCUCUGUUGGUAUUUGUCAUAUUUUCGCACAAUUGCAUAGAAGCUAAAAAAGAUUUGCUAAUGUAAUAUAAGCUUUCACAAUAAUUCGUACAACUAACGAACUACUGCGAUAGCGCGAAAUUUAUAAAACUUUUUUCGAGAAAAUAUGUUGCAACACUUAAGUUAAUUAGAAAUUUACAAAAAAGCUUUUUCAAUAUGAGUACUUAAUUGAAAGCUGAAUCAAUUAACGUAUUUCAGCAAUACGCUAAAAAAAUCACAUGACAAUGACAAUGUUAAGCCAAAAGCCAAAACUAUUGAUAAAACGGCAUUUUACUAUCAAGAGCUUUCACAAAUUUUUAUAAAUAUGCAACGUUUUUAUUUUACCUACGUUCCUAUGUAGCCAUAAAAUGCUUCAGAUUAUGUUUACCAUGCUCCUCCAAUGAUGAAUAAUGAUGAAUCGAAGCAAAAAUGUAUUAUAUCCCAGUGGUUUUGAAAUGAAAGCUUCUUACAAAAGCGUUUACUAUAUAAAUGAAGGCAACAUUUUUUAACAGUAGGUGGCGCUGUAGUAGUUAGCAAAAAUAGCAACGCAGCUAAACAAUAAGCACUAGAAGUAGUCAAAGCUGCACAAGCUUAAUGAAAGCUCGACGCAAGUAGUGAAACUUUUUUAACUACUUAUAUAGUACUGUAUAUUUUUAACAACCUAGCACUAGUUUCGAAACAUUGCUAUGAAAUAAAUCUGAGAAAGCGUCUUUAAAGCUUACGCUCUCUCUCUUACGUCUCGUUGUGCCCACCAAACUUCAUUUACGCAGUUGACGCGUCUCUUUGAAAGACGCUAGAUUUUUAUUUUGUUGCAGUGACACUGUUAAUAAUUUUCUUAAUUUAUAAUAUGUAUAUUAGCUGUAAGUAGUUUACGUCCCAGAUUGUGCUGUGUAUUAUCUAUAUAUACACUCACGCAUACAUACAACUAUUACUCUUUCCCUCUCUAUCUAGUUGCCAUGCUCAUUCGAUAUAUAACUCUCGAGGGUUAUUGAAAGUAUUUGUACACAUAUACACGUUUCAGUUCGAACACUGCCGCGCCUAGCAGCGCUAGGAGUAUUUGCACAAAUCUCGUAAACAUUUGAGCAUAUUUCUCUACUCACUAAUAGUUUUUAAGUCACACUUUCCUAUAAAUAAUUUAUUUAUUUUUCAACCGUCAAUUGUUCCUUCAAUUAACUUAAGUAUAUGUUUGAUGCAAUACAUGUACAACAACAAAUUCAACGAAUGUGUGUGGUGUGAGGGCAGCGCUCUCAAUACGCCAUGCGCUCUGCGCUCAUUCGCGAUACACUGCAAAAAAUUUAUACGUAUGACUUACUAACCAUUUUUACUAGCGUAGUUUCUUGUUUUGUGUGUUAUUUUUAAAGCAUUCAAUAUAGAUUCGUGUAGUUGUUUUAGCAUUUAGUUAUAGUCUAGGUGUUUCAAAUCUACAAAUAAUUGUUUUUCAAUUAGUAUUAGUCGUUUGGCAAGCAAUUAUU